AUGAGCGAUUAUGAUGGAAUCCUUAUAGAUGAUUGGUCUCCACAGUCCAGUCCAAGCAUAAGAGAGAUAUUAGCAACGCUGGAUCAAAACUACAGUGAUCUAAAGCCGAUCAGUGAGAUGUUCCCUCAAACCAACUUAUCAACUGAUCCUCAGUCUAAACAAAUAUCUGGUGGUCUCAGCGAUAGAAUUGCUGCAAGACUAGGAUUUGAUAUUCCACCGCUAGAGAUAGAGAGCAUCAGUCCUUCUCCUAUCCUCGUAAUAUCUCCAGGAUUCAGUCUCUCUCCAUUUUUUCAAUCUCCAAAUAUGUUGUUGAACUCUUCUUCACAGAUUAUCCCUCUGUGUUCAAUCCCUAAUGACGCGCCUCCGGAGACGGUGAAAAGUUCUGUUGACACCCAUGCAAUGAUGAUUAUAUCCAACAACAAUCUUUCUCAUCAGCCGAUGAACGUUGAUCUGCAUCCUCAAGGAGGCUCUGAUGAUAUACCAAUGGAAGGGUCUGUUUAUGUCACCUCUCACGAAUCUAAUGUUGAUCCCAUUGGUGCACCUUUAGUCCCUUCUUUUGAUUCUGAAGUUCUUGCUGAAACCGAUAUUAUGAACCUCAUAUCUUUUGAAAGUGGAAGCGAAGACGAUGACAAGGACAGAGAAUACAACCAAGAGAAAGACAAUGUCAAAGAUCACAACAUUGUUGUGGAACCUUCAUCUCGAAUGAGAAGGGAAAAUAUGGUAUCAAACAUGAUUGGAGUCAGAAGACGAAACAAGGCCCAAAAUGUCAUAAUUCAGGUUGAAAGCGAAGAAGACCAUCCUGAUGAUGGUUUUCGCUGGAGAAAAUAUGGUCAAAAAGUUGUCACAGGAAAUGCAAAUCCAAGGAGUUACUACAGAUGCACAUACACUGGGUGUAAGGUGAAGAAAAAUGUAGAGAGAAGUGUAGACAAUGUGAAGUUUGUGGUGGCUAUAUAUGAUGGAAUACAUGAGCACGUUCCACCACCUGAACGCAUAAGCAAAUCCAGUACAAAGAAACAAUCCGGUUCGUCAAUGUCUCAAGAUCCUAGCAAUCAAAACCUUGGGUUAGGUAUGCUGCCAAGUUUACCGGCUAACCAGAAUCAUGUUUUCAUGAAUCGGGAUGAUGAAACGAACACUGACCGUGUGAUAUCCGAGGGUACAGAAUUAUACAAGGCGAUAUGGGAACAUACCACCGCCGCGACGUUUCUGUCUUUCUUAUUCACCGGAGCAUUUCCUUUGCCGCAACAACACCACCUCUGUCUCCAUCUCUUCGCCGUCAGUCUUUGUCGCAUCCUUCUCAUCCCCGCCUUCGUCGCCUCCGCCUUGCCGCUUUUAUCUCCUCCAAUUCGCCGCCUUCAUUGCAAAAGCUGA